UCCUGGAUGCAUGUGCCUUUUCGUGGAAUGCGUUUUUACGGUGUUUACUUAACAAAUGGGAUUACUUUCGUCGCGAAUCUCUGCUUCGCAGUCCGCGAUUUCUGGAAUCACAGUUUUUCCAGUUCAAAUGUAAACGCGGAGAUCGGGAAUCACAGCUGUACAGAUAUCACCCAACAAUAAAAUGGCUUCUGUUUAUACAACGUAAAUACUACAAAUAAAAGAUUUGGCAUAUGCCGAGCAUCGCCUCAGCACGGAUUCCAAUAGAAUGAGAGCGAUCCUCGUAUGCGUUUACCUGUUCUUAGCCAACGCAUCGCCUCAUCUCUUCAGCAGAGAUUUUCCGAACGACUACUCCCUCCUAAUACCUGACCAAGAUCAAGAGCCGUUCAAGCGCGAUCCACAGCCGGAAAGCAUCAGUUUGAAGAGCGGAAGCGAUCUGAUCCUGAGAUGCAGAUCGCACGGUUGCCACAGGAGCAGACACGAAUGGCAUUUCGCGCCUUGCAGGAAGUGCCGCAACAAGAACAGGCUGCAAUGGAGCAAGAUGCAACACACGAGGAGGAACUGCACAUCACAGAUGCACGUGAAGAACGUCACCAGUUCGCACAGCGGACUCUACAAAUGCGAAGUCAACAAAUUUACAACCCUUUACGAUGUAGACGUCAUUGAAUUGGUGAAAUAUGAAGGUGAACCACCAAAACUACUCGAGAUAUUCCCAUCGAAUUCAACGAUAAAACCGUAUUCCUCAGUGGUGGUCCAGUGUCGAGUGUCCAGCAUUCACGUCCCGAUGAUCUUGUGGUUCAAGCAGAUCGAGAAUGGCUUAAGAUAUGACCUAAAGUACUCAGAAAAGUAUUACAUCCGUAUAAACGCUUCGCACAACGUGUAUCCAUUGCCCAACGAUGAAAACGUCUUCGUGAGCAAACUGAAUAUCCAUAAUGUCACCUAUCUAGACUCGGGAACGUACUUCUGCGUUGCAGUGACCGAGUUGGGAAUGGAUAACCAGAAUUUUACUAUAAAGGUGGUAUCGACGUUGAGCUACUACGAGCAGCCCACCAGUUUUUCCACGCUGUUCCUGAUUCCUCUGCCCUUCGUCCUGAUACCCGUCACCGUAUGGCUGUGCUACUAUAAGAAUAAGAGAGCGAAGAAGAUGAAGGAUUCCAGGAAUAAGGAAGAACUUAUCCUCAUGCAAACGACCUCUCAACAUUAAUCCUAUUUCUUUUAUAUAUAUGUAUAUACAUAAUUAUACUAUUUGGCAACUACU